CGUGCCUCCAUGUUUAAUUUUUGUGUGGCUCCGAAUUUUCUGUAUUUUAAUACUUAUAUUAAAUGCAUAUAUAAAGUUUAAAUUUAAUUUAAAGGUGUUCACUCGUUUUUAAUAAAUUGGGGAAAAACGUACUUUCUAUCGCAUUCAACUUUGCAGGAAAUUACAUUGAUCCCGUCUGUCUUUAGUUUACCCGCCUUGUGCUUGGUUUAUGAAGUGUGGGAGUUGUUCAAAAUGGCGCCAGAAGCGUAACAUAGAAUGCGUCAUUUUUGGACGCUGUGCAUUCAGAAGCAAAUGGCUAUAAAUAGACGAAUUGCAUGUGAAUGGUGUUAAUUUUUACAAUGAAAAAUGUCUAAUACAGUAAUCACCAACUACACUGACCUUAAUGGGCCGUCCACGAAGGCGGAAAGUUCUGUUGUUGUUAUUGUAAACAAGGAUGGCUCCUUGUCGGUCGACCAAAACCUACUUGGAACAUUAAUGGGUACAGAUGGCACUCAGGGUGCAAUAAGUGUAGUUCGAGUUGGGCAUGAGGGUAAACCAGAUGAUGCUACGGAUUCUGAAAAUGAAGAUGAGAAACUGCAACAUGUCACACUUUCUGUGGAUAGUUAUUAUGGUGAACCUAACAGUAUCAUCAAAUAUGACAGUGGUGCUGAAAUGUUACAGUCGUUAAGGAUUGAAACGAGGGAAAAUAGUUUGAUUGGGUUUCAAAAUGAUCACUGCUAUACUUCAUUGACUUCACCCAGUCAAGAAAUAGGUACACAUGAGAAGUCAAAUAAGAGUGAUACUUUAACCUCAUACACAGAUGGCGUAAUAGAAAUUACACAGUCAUCACCAGUGCCUAUCUCAUCGCCUAAAUCUGUUCCUAGUUCUAAAAAGAUAACUAUUUUGGAACAACAGAUAAUUCCAAAGGGUAAAAAAAUAUUAAUUAAACCAACUGAAUCACCAAUUAUAUUAAAAGGAAAUGAUGUGCUAACUAAAACUCUGCCAGUUAUUCCUAAAUCAAAACAUGUAAAACCGUCUGAGAAAAUAGAGACCAUUCAAAAACAAGACGAAAGUCCUGACACAUCUUCAGUAAGUUCAUCAGGUGAGAGUAUCCCUGAUAGAGACUCAGAUUCUGAUUAUAAGGAUACCAAAGACAAAAGUUGUACUUCUUUUAAAGUAAAAAAGGGAAAAGUAAAACCUCGAAUUUUAAAAUGCCCUGUUUCUAAGGCAAAUAAAGCAGAAAUAAAAGGUACACCCAAAUUAAAAUAUGGUAAAAAUGCCCUUAAAAAGGAGAUUAAAGAUAAGGCAAUUUCAUUAAAAAUUAUGUCAGAACAGAAAGAGGACGAAUUCAAUAUGGAGACUUUAAUGCCAACAAGUAAAGUAAACGAAAUACCUCCAAUGAAAGAUAUAAGUAGAGUAGUAGUUAAACAAAUACCAAAACCUUCUAAAAAAGAGAAGAAAACACCAGCUCAUGUUACAGCUCUGUUAACAGAUAUGUCUUCAUUAUUUUCUACUCCUGAUGUCAUACGAAGGGUGUCUACGGACAACAAAGGACCACCUAAAGAUUUGGUUGGCCCUGAGAAUAAAAAAAUCACAGGAAUUGUUAAAUUAGAUGUGGACAAUAAAGUGGCUGAAAAUCCAAAGUCUGUUGAAGAGACAGAUGAAAAAUCGAAAACAAUUCUUACUAUUCAUAAACCUCUGAUUAAGCAAAAAGAGAAGGGUUUAAACUCUACAGAUAAGACAACAAAAUCAUACGAAUCUAUCCCACAACUUGAUGAAGUUAGUUUGGCACAAAUAUUGCAAGACAAUACUGCCCCUAGUGUAGCAAAAAGUCAACAAGCAAUUACCACUUCAACUACCAUGAGCAGUCCAGGAUUGGUUGGUCCUUUAUCACCAACUUUAGAUUUGCUUGGCAGUCUCAGUGCGAUACAGCCUGAAGAAGAAGGUUUAACUGAAGAUUUACUAAUGCAUGUUGCGCAACUUGUUGAGAGUUCAGAAAAUUUACAAGAAGUUAUUGACAAGCAAGUUUUGGGUAAAGUUGAUUCCGUCCCUGCAAAACCUCCAGUGCAUUCAUUAUUCCAACAGACACAAGCAGAGCCGAAUCUGUAUACACAAACACUUUCUAAAACAGUCCAAAAGAACAUCACUGCACCACGUAAGGAUCCAAUAGAAAUAGUACGACGUGAUGGUCGGGUAAUUACUUUACCUCCAAUAGAAGCUCCUGCUACCAGAUCAUCUAAGCGCAAAAGUCAACUGGAAGUUACAAAUGUUGAAUCACCAACUGUUACAACUCCAUUGAUAUCACCUACUCCUGAACCACAGGUACUACCUGUGCCCAAACAGUAUGUAAAUAAAAAACCUAACCCCAAAAAGAUCGAACCUUUGCCUCAAGCAAAUUUAAUUGAUAAAAUUUGUGCUGAAUCACAAGAAAGUUGGAAUUCAGAAGAUGACCCCAAUAGAUUAUGGUGCAUUUGCAAACAGCCUCACAAUAACCGUUUCAUGAUUUGUUGUGAUAGUUGUGAGGAUUGGUUUCAUGGGAAGUGUGUAAAUAUAACCAAAACUAUGGGUCAGCAAAUGGAGGAACAGGGUAUAGAAUGGAGGUGUCCAAACUGUAUCAAAAAAGUUAAAACUACACCAAAAAGUACAUCCAAGCCAUCACUGACUCAGAAGAAACAUGAAGUGGAAUCGUUAUCACCUGAGACGCCUCCGUCCGAGAGAAAAAAGGAAAAUGCUGGAAAAACAACCUGUAUAGUUUGCAAGAAACAUGCGCGCGCCAGCAGUAUCUACUGUAGUGAUGCAUGUAUUCUCAAACACGCACAGGACUCUCUUGUUAACCCGACCAAUCAGAGCAAAACUGAAGAAGAAACUGGUAAAUCGCAAGAGAAACAAAAUCCUGAAUCAAGGGUUAUUGUAUAUGAAAGGAAAUCGGGACGCUUAUUGGCUGGGCCAAAUGCUCCAACUGCCGAAAAUUUAAAAGCUUGGAUACAAAAGAAUCCUACAUUUGAAGUUGUCAGACCUGGUGCUCUAAAUACUAUUAGACCAAAUAUAAGCAAAAAAAAGACUUCGAUAGAAUCAAAUAAAAUCCAAACCACACUGAACUUCGAAAGGUUACCAAGAAAAAGUAUAGAGCCAACAGUUCCAACUAAAUCACAGACAAGUGAGGUGAAGGACAGACUAAAGCCUUUACUAUCACCAAAAGAAGAACCGAAACAGGUUCCUCAACCUAAAACGCCAGUGACACCAAAAAGUCUUCAAAGUCAAAACUUUGACUCUCCUAAAGCUAGCGGGUCAGGCAUACGAAACUCCAGUGAUAAAAGGAAGAGUUCUAGAAAUUCUUUAAACAAAUCACAAUCCAUUCCUGAAAAGGCCGCUUCAGUUACUCCGUCGACGUCUCGUAAAAAAGAGUCGCAUGAAAACAAAAGCAAAAUGAAUUCACUGGAAUCAAUACGUGAAAACGUUAGAAAAUCAUUGCAAGAACAGAUGAGCCUACGCAUGGCAGAAAACAAAGAAUCCAACUUUACAGAAGAUGAAAUAGAACAAUUUGCGCUCGAAACGGAAGAAGAAUUGCACGAUCUAUUCCGAGACGUUGGUAUGAAAUAUAAAGCUAAAUACAGAUCGCUCAUGUUUAAUAUUAAAGACCGCAAGAACCUGACUCUGUGGGAAAAGAUUUGCGAUAAAACAUUAACACCAAAGCAGUUGGUACGACUGUCUCCAGAAGAACUUGCAAGUCAAGAAUUAGCUGAAUGGAGAGAUCAAGAAGCGAAACAUCAAUUGGAGUUGAUUAAGAAAUCGGAGUUAGAUCUUUUGGCCGCCAAUAAAACUUACGUUCUCAAAACACACAAAGGCGAAGAGGUAAUGGAAACUAAGGAAUCUGUAUCAACAGAACUAGACCCUAAUGUGCCAGUUGAAGAUGUGGUCAGUGUACUAAAUGAUGCUAUCAAUGAAGACUCCCAAGAAAAAGAGAAAACACCAGAUAUGUUACGUAAGGGUUCAAAUAAAAAAUCUAAUAGCCGUAAAAGAGAGCGCGAAGAAAGUUAUUAUCAGACUAAAAAGGUUAGACGAGAUUCUGAAAAGAAAUCUAGAUCUUCUAGGCGAAGAAAGUCUGCAUGCUAUGAAAAAGAAUCUAAAUUAAGCCAGAAGAGGCCUUCACGAAGAUCGGACAGAAAAUCGAGAUCCAUUUCAAACGAUAGAUCAAGAUCAGGUAAGGAGAAAUCUGAUAUAAGAGAAAGAUCUCUAUAUCGAUCAAAGUCUAAAGAGAAAUCAAGACGGCGAUCAAAAUCCAAGUCACGCGUACGGUCCAGAUCUAAAUCUAUGGAUAAGUCACGCGAGCGCGACCGAUCUGGGCGCCGGUCGCGAUCUAGAAGUAUUUCGAAAAGGCAUAGCUCACGAUCUAAGCGACUACCUAGUACUGAAGACAAACAACAGCCUCGUUCCCGGUCUCAAGACAACGUUAUGAUGAAGAAUAAGCAUGAUUCCACAGACUCAGAAUCUUUGGAAAGGCCAAAAUCAGCCAUGCUCAAAGAGGUUCAUCCUGAGUAUGAUCCUCAUGAGCCUAUGAUAACAUCGGCGUUCUCUGACGAAGAUCUGAUAAAAUCCAGAGAAGACGUAUUUGAAGAAAGUUACAAAAACAAAACUGAUAAUGGGGUGGGAUAUGAUUCCAGUGAACCAAUAUCAACUAAUGUUGAAUUAAUUAAGUCUAAUACAUAUCAAAGUCUGGAAAAGACGUCAGAAGGUGACAGUGAUCAAGAACCAAGCAGUACUGUUGAUACUAUACCCGUCGCAACAGUUUGGAAUGGAUGUAUAAACAUGGUAGAUGUUGCAAGAUUCUAUGUUUCAGCACAUGAGGUCUCUGGCACUGCAGUCGACCUGGAAGAAGAUCUGCCCACAGAACUUGAUAUUGUAGGAAGAAUUAAUCCAGAUACAGUCUGGGAAUAUAUUGGAAAGAUGAAGAAAGCUAGUAAUAAAGAUAUAAUUAUUUUAAGACUUCAAGCUGCUAAUGAUGAGGAAAAAAUGCCAUACAUCGCAUUGUUUAGUUACUUAAGUAGUCGAAAUAGGUUAGGCGUGGUAAAAGUAUCAAAUACGACAACAGUGAAAGAUUUCUACGUGGUUCCGCUGCCGGCGAAUACCACACUUCCACCAGUGUUGAUGCCUCUGGAUGGCCCCGGAAUCAGCGAGGUUAAAACUCAUCAGCUACUCACCAUCGUUAUAAGGCAAAGAAAGAAACGUCUAGCAUCUCACAUUCCUAAAGAAGUAAUUCCAGCUAAGGUUGCGAGGGAGUCUCACAAACGUUCAUAUACGCCACCAGUGCAGAGCAAGAUUACUCACACGCCACCGGCUUCGCCUCGGCGUCGUAAUCCACUUCCACUACCAUCAUACAGCACAUCUACGCUCUCUACUUCGGUUAAAGAUAAAAUUGCUGCAUCUUUAGUUGACGACGAUGAUGAAGCAUACAGCCCAGGUUCGUCAAGUAGCGGAAGCAGUGCUACUGCAACGGCAUCUUCGAGUAUCGCUUCUAGUACUUUACGUUCGAAAAUGGAAGAACUCAAUCGACAGAUAGAAGAACAGAAACAACAAAUUCGUAAAAUAGCACAAGCCAGCUCUUCUCCAGGAGAGGAUGAAGCUUAUUCGCCGUCUCGACCAAUGACUCCACCUGCCGCAUCUGUCGUUCCACUAGCAGACAUAGCAUUGCCUUCAAACCUGCAUGAAAUACUUGCAACAAUAAAACAACGUUCAGAAACUACAACUGGAGAUGUAGAUAUGCGUACAUUACCCCUGAAGUAGCAUAUGAAAUUCAGCACAACACGAUAAUAACACUUCAAUAAAACAAUAGCAUUUUACUAGAAUGGUACUAUAAAUGAGUAUAUUACUGCGUAAUAAUUUUUGUAUUUGUUGACAUUUAAAAAUUAUCAAAAUUUUGCAUGAAUGCAAUUUUUUUUGACUUUAAAAAAAUGUAUUUUUUAAAACAUGGUAUUUAGUUUAAGAAAUAUAAUAAAAUUAUAAUGCGAAAUGCGGUUCACAGGCGCUGUAAACAUUUUCAUUAUUGUGUGUGCAAUAAAAUUAAACUAGAAAACAUGUGCACUUUAGCAACAAUUUUUCAAACUUUUUGUAUAUAAUUAAGUGACUAUAAAAUGUAUGAAUUACUUAGUUGUACAAAAUUAGAUCCCAUACCUUUAAUGUACAUACAUUU